UCUCCCUGAGACACACGUUGCUGUGCCUGUUGCAGAGGAACAACUCUCAGGAUUUUAGGUUGUGCAACACUGCGGGAAGGAUAUCGAUAGGUAGUGAAGUGGGCUGGCGAUUCUGAGAGGAGGAGAGGAAGGGCAGGAAACAAGGGCUCUCUGGUGUUCCUUAGCAGCAGCAGAGGCAGCGAUAGUCGUGUUCCACCAUGGCGUCGAGGUAUGACCGAGCGAUAACGGUGUUCUCGCCGGAUGGACACCUCUUCCAGGUGGAGUACGCCAUCGAGGCCGUCAAACGGGGGUCUUCGGUAGUCUGCGUGAAGGGCAAGGACUGCGUGGUGUUGGGGGUGGAGCGGCGAGCGACCGCCAAGCUCCAGGACCCUCGCACGAUCCGCAAGAUCGUGAAGAUCGACAGCCACAUCACGCUGGCCUUUGCAGGUCUUACGGCUGACGCACGGGUGCUCGUGGACAAGGCGCGGCUGGAAUGCCAGAGCUACCGGCUCACGUGCGAGGACGCCCCGUCCAUCGAGUACGUCGCCCGCUUCAUCGCGCGCACGCAGCAGCGCUACACACAGCGCGGCGGCAUGCGACCGUUCGGGGUUUCCUCCAUCUUGGCUGGGUUUUCGCAGGACGGGACACCGCAGAUCUACCAGACGGAUCCGGCCGGCACCUACUCUGCGUGGAAGGCCAACGCCAUCGGCGGGAGCAACAGCAACAACAUGCGAGAGUUCUUGGAGAAGAACUGGGCGAACGACAUGGACGAGGGGGCGGCGAAGAAGCUCUGCAUGAAGGCAUUGCUGGAGGUGGUGGACUCGGGCGCAAAAAACAUGGAGAUUGCCAUCGUCAGGUUCGGGAAGGCCAACGAGAUGAUGACGGAAGAGAUGAUGCAAGCGGUCGUGGCCGAGCUGGAGGCGGAGGCGGAGGAGGCGAAGGAGGCUUCAGCGGGAGACGUGCAAAUGACGUAGAUAGCAGCAAAAAAGCAGUAGAACCUUCAUAUACACGCCGGGUUGUUGGCGCUAGCUCUCUUCUCAUGUAGGGGGCUGGGAGGGGGACACAAACACGCUGGGUUGUCGACGCUGUUUCUCUUCUUAGAGAGGAAAUAUGGGGGUUAGGCUACUGUAACCACCAUGUGCAAGAUUCGCAAACGUUAUUUGACACGUGAGCCUGGCUGGCGUUUUGUUGAUCCACCAUAUGGUGGUAUUGGUCUGUGUUCGCGCUUACCUGCUGCGACUGGCUUGCUACUAAAAGUAGUUGUCCGUAUUGGAGACUCAACAAAGGAUGGGCGAAAGAGUAAGCCCGAAAAUGCGGUGCGUUAUGCUCUCACUUGUAGCACGGGGGUGCAUAACCCGUCGAUUGCCGGGGCGAAAGCAGGGAUUACAACACCGUUUUUUUGGUGUUUUUCCGGUGGCCAAUUGGCGUUCUUCGAAAAGGCAAGGGGGGCAACGGAGGGGCCUCACAUUGCGAAAACCACUAUAUUCGGGUUUAGGUCCUUGCGACUCGAAAUGUUGGCAUCUUCGCGUGCUCUUUGACAAGAACAGGAUGCUUUUAUUUCGGUUCGACGAGAAGUGGAGCCCACUCACCGCCUGCCUGUCGAUCAAGGCAGAAACACAACCGCCUCGAGCAUGGCCUCCGACUAUUGCUACUAUCUGCGUUGCGCCCACGGACCUCCAACUAUUAGUAUACUCGCUCAUCCCUUGGAUCGGUCUCACCCAU